AUUCGUCGUACUCGAGAAACAUCCCAAAAAUUGAGGUACUUUGUAGUCUGUCUCUGUCUACUUGAUUAUAUAUUGAUUAUAGAUUACUUCGUACAUUCGAACCCGGUCUUUCCGUUUGCUACUCCACUUCAUCCUAGUUCAAUUGAUCCAAGCAAGCAUCGAUCCUUUCCUUGAUGAACUCUUCCUCUAAGGUUACCAGCUCACUUUCUAGCCAACUCAUACGUACCUAUCACUACUCAUACCUGCUUAAAUGUUAUUGCUGACAUUCAGCUCUAUCACCCGCAUUCUGUCUGGUUCUCUUCCAUCUCUGCUGACAGUAUCAAUAAUGAUGACUGCGUGAAUAGAUUCUUGUGUUGUACGAACCCAUCUUGAGCCUCCAGCAAACGUCUGACCACAACGUCUUUCAGUACAAGCCUUGUCCCGCAAGCUAUUACAUCUGUGCGAAUUUGGAAGCAAGCAUUAUCGGGAUCGUCUGAUUCUUGCUACUGCCACUGUUGGCAAUUCAAUUCUUGGUUUCAUACAUAUAAUUUCUACCUUCUUUCCUCCGACAGCCCUACGACUUUCGCUCUUUUCAUGCAUACGGAGAGCAUCGAAUGCAAUUGCCUUUUCAAAGCUUCGAAUCUUUUAAGAUCUUCCAAAGUAACUUCGUAGUCGCGGAUACCUUCGCAAACGAGGACGUCCCUUCACUGGGACGUCCCUUCUCAUCAAUAUGCUUUUACAUUCGGCAGCCGGCAUGCAUAACCAUGAGUACUCACAUUCUACCCUUCCUCGACCACAGAGCGAUUUUAUGCCCAGAAGAUCGCCUUUGAAUAGAUCAUCGUUUUCAAAUCCUGGUCCAGAAGUACCUACAUCUCAAGCUCCAAUACCAGUUUUAUCGACUCAACGCUCAAGAGCAUUAUCUGAAUAUAUACCUCGGAACAAAUUAGAACAUCACCAGGUGCAUGCUGUUCGAUUUCAAGAACCUGAAGCGGAUGCCAUGAGUGAAGAUGGCAGGUCGGUUGCAAACUCCGAAGGAAGCCGAACAACGAAUGGGGGUAGACGGGGCAGGAGAUCCUCGAAAGCUAGCACGGCAUACCGUCUAGCACACCCGGCUCCGACUCUGACCCACAAGCAACGAUUAUUAAAUAUUCGCCCGAAAUUGCUAAUGCAAUUGCAGUUAUUGUCAUUUGAUAAAAGGCCCAAGCCAACUUUAGAUGUCCUUCCUUCCACAGUCGUCGUCUCCAGAUUGGCCAAAAGAUUUCCUCGAAUGUUUAGAGGAAAGGGUGAAUUAGGAGCAAACGAUAUUAUGAUUGUGAAGAGUGAAGAAUAUGAUAUACCGGAGGGCUUCAUAGACGACACGGACUCUGAUGAAGAGGGUUUCUCGCAUCGAGACCUCAUCGCAGUCAUUUGCCAAUUGCCCAGGGACGAAGGAGGCUCUCAAGGAAAAGCCGAAAUAGUUUUAGGCGAUGGUUCUGUCUGGUUGGCAAGCCCGUUACCAACCGGAGCUUAUGAAAUGACCAAGUUCGACGAAUCCGGGACGAAAGUGACUACUAUUCGAUGGGUGAGAAGAGCUGGCCACCAUAAUCAUUCCGAUUCGUCUAUGAACGAUGCCAAAUUCAGUUUCAGUGUAAUAGAUCCAAAUUGUCGGCGACAUGCGAUUCUGGCUACUCUAACUCAAACAAAGUUGGAUAUUCCAAAUUAUUACACUAACCUAUCUUCUUCAUCUGGGAUAGAGAUCACAAAGGCGUCAGUGAGCGGUGUACCUGGCGAGUUUGAUGAUGUGGAUGAGGAUGACAAGGCGGAGGAGAUUGUUGAACGAACCCCUCAACUAAUGGACGAGACUAUGAGGGCACUAAUUCAAGUCACGGGAAUAUGGGUAUCUUUACGCCAAGGCUGGUCUCCUUAUUUCAAAUACAAUGAUUCUAUGGCUACAUUUGGUCAGAACAAAAGUCCAAGAAAUUCUAUGAGUGGAAGAACCAGAGCCUCUUCAUUGACACCAGAUAUUAUGCGGUCCAAUUCUGUUACUGUUCUUAGUGGCACUCGUUCAAGCACACCAGAAUCUACAUUUGGAUAUAUCGGCAACAAGAUUCUACAAUGCAAUAUUCCCAGAUCUAAUUCUGUCACUACGUCUUCACCACAUGAUUCGGUCACAUCACCAAGGCGAGCCAGAGCCCCCUCUGCUGGUACGGCAUUUAUGCAAAGGGCAGCGAGUCGCAAGAUAAACACAAUUGCGAGCGAUAGCGAAGGGGAAAGCGUAGCUCAAUAUCCUGAGAAUGGCGAAGAUCGUCAUGUUAAGAAAAAUGCGUCGAACCGUGUUUCUUGCCCUCCCGCGGUGGGUGUCGUUGCCUCUCCCCCCCCGAUACCGAUCAAACCCACUCGAAGGGUGAAAUCUGUUCACAUGUUAUCGAGCACAGCCACACACGACACGGGCAGUGGAACCAUGGAUGGCCAAAGCGAGCAUGUACAGGGCAAAUCUCCUGCGGUAAAACGGAGUAGCCGAUGGAAGUCGUUUAUAAAUUUUAUUCGCCACCGAUCUUCUUCUCGUUCUCCUUCGCCAUAGUGCUAACAGGGAAACCGUUUGUAUCAAUAUUUCUGGUUAACAUUACUGCUGGCGUUAUCAUAAAAAGCAUUGGGGAGGGCGGUUAGGAAUACUUAAAUUUUGGAAUAUGAGGCACUUGGAUGUCUGCUUGGUUUGGCGUUAGAAGAUAUCAUUACAUCUGAUUUUUUGAAAACACAACUAGAAACUCCCUUUACUUUUGUAUUUUAGCCCAUAGCAUAGCAUAGUGCAUAGUUUUUAGUUUUGGACAAACAAUGAAACGGCAUG